AUGGGUGCGUUCGGCUCCAAGGACAACUCGUCGGGGCGGCACCACCACCAUUGCAACCAGGACCACAGCAAGAACGCCGCGCCGGGAGGGAAAGACCGCUUCGCCAAGUUCGGCGACGAUUACCACACCCUGGAGCAGGUGACUGAUGCUCUUUCACAUGCUGGACUGGAGUCCUCAAAUCUAAUCGUUGGGAUUGAUUUCACCAAGAGCAAUGAAUGGACAGGUAAAGUGUCCUUCCACAACCGGAGCUUGCAUGCAAUAGGGAACACUCCAAACCCAUAUGAGCAGGCUAUAUCCAUUAUCGGGAGAACCCUAGCACGAUUUGAUGAGGACAAUCUGAUACCAUGCUUUGGAUUCGGUGAUGCUACUACUCAUGACCAAAAGGUAUUUAGCUUCUAUCCUGAGAACCAACCGUGUGAUGGCUUUGAACAAGCACUUGGGCGAUACAGAGAAAUUGUUCCGCAGCUUCGUUUGGCUGGUCCCACUUCAUUUGCACCUAUGAUUGAGACUGCUAUUGGGAUUGUUGAUAGUAGUGGUGGCCAGUACCAUGUUCUGCUCAUAAUAGCAGAUGGACAGGUUACACGCAGUGUUGACACUGGUAAUGGCCAGUUGAGCCCACAGGAAAGGGAAACUAUAGAUGCCAUUGUGAAAGCAAGUGACUACCCUUUGUCAAUUGUGCUUGUUGGAGUCGGUGAUGGGCCCUGGGAUAUGAUGAGGCAAUUUGAUGACAACAUACCUUCUCGUGCAUUUGAUAAUUUCCAGUUUGUUAACUUCACAGAGAUCAUGUCAAGGCCUAUUCCUACUAGCAAAAAGGAGGCAGAAUUUGCUCUUUCAGCACUUAUGGAGAUCCCAGCUCAGUUCAAGGCAACAAUGAACCUCCAGCUUCUUGGCAAACAAAGAGGAUUUCCGCACCGAUCAGUGUUACCUCCACCUGUGAGUGUCUAUCGACAACCCUCUGGAUGCUCAACUGUCAAGCAGACUCAAUCGCCUGGCACCAGCUAUGGGUCGCCACAGAAGAAUGCAUCAGCACCUCGACAGGACAGUGAUGUGGGUGAUCAGCAGACUUGUCCAAUCUGCUGGUCUGAAGCAAAGAACCUGGCUUUUGGAUGUGGGCACCAGACAUGCGCCGACUGCGGGAAAGAUCUGAAGGUUUGCCCCCUUUGCCAGAGAGCGAUCUCCACAAGGAUUAGGCUCUACUGA